UCCAUGACUAGAACCCCCUGCCUAAGUCUACUGAGAUUAUUUCGUUUAUCUUUGCAUUUUGAAAUGAAAAUACCAAUAUAUUUUCACUCAAGUCUGUCCUUGCAAGACCUUUGUCUAUAAAUGACUCACACCUCCACAUAGUUGAUUAUGGACCUUCGACCACCACCAGCACAAUCACACCAAGCAGAAGAACCAUUACCAUCUUCUUCGUUUUGUCUCUCUGUCUCUCUCAGAGUAUUCAUCACUGCAACUACAUUACAGAAAAUCUCAUGUCUGCCACUUAUACUGCUAUCUCACAUCUUCUUCUCCCAUUGCCCGUGGUUUUAAUCUUCUUUCUUGCUCAAACAGGAUGGAAAGUUCUCUUUUCAUGCUUUCAUUUAUAUCCUUUAAUGACGCACUAGUAAUCUAUCUGCAGAAUCAUUUCACAAAUGUAAUGAGUAUUGAGGGAAAAAAGGUGAAAAAAAACAGAGUUAACCCGUGUCAUCAGUCACAAGCCUCCCAAUCUACAUAAAUAAAGUCGUUCCCAAGGGAUUCAUCUCCACUAAAAUUUAACAGUAUUCGCAGUAAUUCAAAUAGCCCAAGAUGCCGCUUUCCUGUGCCAAAAACUUCUUCCAUCGAUUCUGUAGCGAUGACAUUCAAAUGGAGGGCAUCCCCCAUGGUAGCUUCUUUUCUAGUGACUUCCUACCAUCCCUUGGAGCUAGAAUAAAUCGGGCAGCCACACUUCGAAAAUACAUAAUUUCCCCCUACAGUUCCCGUUACAGGGCUUGGGAGAUGUGGCUGAUUGUUCUAGUCAUUUACUCUGCUUGGAUCUCUCCGUUUGAGUUUGCAUUUCUAACUUACAAGAAAGAUGAUGCUCUUUUCAUCAUUGACAACAUUGUCAAUGGCUUCUUUGCCAUUGAUAUUGUUCUUACCUUUUUUGUUGCAUAUGUCGACAGCCAAACUUAUCUCCUCGUCGAUAAUCCUAAGAAAAUCGCAAUCAGGUACAUAUCUACUUGGUUUCUCUUCGAUGUUUGCUCCACCGCCCCAUUUCAGUCUCUCGGUCUCCUGUUCACAAAUCAAAGCAGCAGCGAAAUUGGCUUUAGAUUACUCAACAUGCUUAGACUCUGGCGUCUCCGACGGGUCAGCUCCCUUUUUGCAAGGUUGAUCAUCAAAUACAAACUUAUGCACUUUAAUUUCCUCAAAACUUCAAGUUCUUGUGAUAGAAGAAUCACAAUUCUUAUUAGCUGGUUUGCUUCAUUCAGACUUGAGAAGGACAUCCGGUUCAACUAUUUCUGGACUCGGUGCACAAAGCUUGUCUCGGUAACCCUGUUUGCAGUACACUGUGCUGGAUGCUUUAACUACUUGAUUGCAGAUAGGUAUCCUGAUCCAAAGAGAACAUGGAUAGGUGCAGUAAACCCAAAUUUCAAAGAAGAAAGUCUCUGGGACAGAUAUGUUACUGCAAUUUACUUGUCUAUUACCACACUAACUACGACUGGAUAUGGGGACUUGCAUGCUGAGAACCCCAGGGAAAUGCUUUUUGACAUCUUCUAUAUGUUGUUCAACUUGGGAUUGACAGCUUACCUCAUAGGAAACAUGACAAACCUUGUUGUUCACUGGACCAGCCGCACAAGGAAUUUUAGGGACACAAUUAGAGCAGCUUCGGAAUUUGCCACCCGGAAUCAGUUGCCACCUCACAUACAGGAUCAAUUGCUGUCACACCUGUGUCUGAAGUUCAAAACAGAAGGACUGAAGCAGCAAGAAACCCUGAAUGGUCUGCCAAAAGCUAUUCGUUCAAUCAUUGCACACUAUCUCUUCUACCCCAUUGUCGAAAAAGUUUAUCUGUUUCAAGGGGUUUCUCAUGACUUCCUCUUCCAAUUGGCUUCAGAUAUGGAGGCUGAAUAUUUUCCGCCCAAGGAGGCCAUAAUUCUGCAGAGCGAAGCUUCAACAGAUCUUUAUAUACUUGUCUCAGGAUCAGUGGAUUUGAUGUCCUAUGCAAAUGGACUUGACCAGGUUAUUGGGAAAGCAACUGCAGGGGAUAUUUUUGGUGAGAUAGGAGUUUUAUACUACAUGCCACAACCUUUCACAGCCAGGACAAGUGAGCUUUCUCAAAUAUUAAGACUAACCAGAACUUCACUGAUUAACACCAUACAGGCAAAUACAGAAGAUGGUCACAUCAUAAUGAAUAAUCUUUUCAAGAAACUGCAAGAGUCAGAAGGCACAGGCUUUGUUUACCAGAACAAAGAUCCAGGAACAACUCUUAGUGACUGGCGUGAUGGAGGAUCAAAGGAAGGGUGUUGUUCUGAGGCAGGAUGUCAAAAUUAUUCACAUGGAGAGCCAUUAAUGCAGGAUGAAGGAGAUUUAUCUGGUGAGGAACCUGAGGCUAGAGGAAAAAGCAAAAGAGGAAUAGGUCAUAAUUUUACUACACAUGCAGCCAAUGUAAAUUCAACAAUUGAGGAUGACCAAACGGCUCUUCACGCUGCUGUUCGCAAAGGGCACAUUGAAAUGGUUAAGAUUCUGCUGGAAAAAGGAGCAAAUGCAGACAAACCAGAUGCCAUGGGACGGACCUCAAAAGCUCUAGCAGAACAGCAGGGAAAUAAGAGCAUUUAUGACCUUUUACUAAAUUAUGAAAAUAGAAGGAAAAUAGAUGAACAUAAAAUAGAUUUUAUUGAGCCAGAAUCAGAUGAACCCAAGAAAAAUCCAGGCAAACAUAAAGGAGUUGGUGGGCCCAGUUGUUUCAAUUUCCAUUCCAAAAUGGUACCCAUAAACUCCAGUUCACGCCUCUAUAGCUGUCCCAAUGAUAGGGAAGCAAAGAAAUUAACCAAGAAGAGAGUCACUAUCCAUAUGCAGUUUCACAACAAAAGCACAUUGCAGAGGCCUCUUGGAAAGCUAAUUAUCCUACCUGAUUCCAUAGAAGAGCUGCUCAGAAUUGGUGGUGAAAAGUUUGGAGACUACAAAUUUGCAAGGGUCAUCAAUGCUGAGAAUGCAGAAAUUGAUGAUAUAUGCGUCAUUCGAGAUGGUGAUCAUCUGUUUCUCCUUCAAAAUGACUCAGAAAAUUUGGAAUGUGGUGUGACCUAAAAGUUAUUUGAAGGUUUUAACGUAGACAUGCAGAUUAGCUUGAUAUUUUGAGCAAUAUAUUAAGAAAUAUUAACAAAAAGUGCAAUACAUCUGCUGGUCCAAAUAGGCCAACAAAACUGCUGUAAGUACUGGAAAAUUGGAUAAGUAAAUUACAAAUGGUUGCACUUUCACUCGGUAUUUUCGGAGCAAAGAACCCCAUCCACAUAUAAUUAUGAAGAAUGUUAACAAUUACAUCUUACAACCAUGCCAUAAUCUGGUGGGCCAUAUGAAUGAAUUUCCCCAAAAAAUUGUUCUUCUC